CGACUGUUUUGGAGGAGGUUGGGGACAUGUCUAAGGCGGUAGCUAAGGAGAAAAAGUCCUUUAGUAAGAAACUUUUCCGGCGGGGCUCGGCACGGUCGGUCGGGAGUUUUAUGAAUAGGGUGCUGAAGACACUGUCCACCCUUUCGCACUUCGGUACCGAGGAGGCGGCUGAAGACGACAAGGACGACGGCGGCUUCAAGAACUUCCGAGCGGCCGAGGCCGGCGCGGCUAUGGGACUAGGCAUAGGGCUGGGGCCGGGAGUCGGGGUGGUCUCCUCGGCCUCCUCCAUCAUCAUGAUGAUGAGCGGCAUCAACCCGGCCGCUGUUGCUGCCGGUCGGUGCGCCGCCGCUGCCGGCCACAGCGACUCGUCCGAAAGCUGUUUCUCCGGGGAGCGCUGGCAGCCCCCCGGCGUGGCCGGCCUGAAGAACCACGGCAACACCUGCUUCAUGAACGCUGUGCUUCAGUGUCUGAGCAACACCGAACUCUUCGCCGAAUUCUUGGCUUUGGAGCAGUACCGGGAGCGGCCGCCCGGCUGGCUCGAUGCCCCCGAGGGGACAGAGACCCCGAGCCGGGAGGCAGAGGACGAGCAAGAGCUGGACAAAACUUCCAAAUCCAACGGAGUUUUCUUCCGAUCGAAAACCCAGGCGGACCAGAGAGGAGAAGUCACUGAACAGCUCGCUUCUUUGGUCCGAGCACUCUGGACUUCAGAAUACACUCCGCAGCUCAGCCGUGAAUUCAAGAAUGUCGUAUCCAAGAAUGCUUUCCAAUAUCGUGGCAACUCUCAGCAUGAUGCUCAGGAGUUUCUGCUGUGGCUUCUUGAUAGGGUUCAUGAGGAUCUGAACAAUAUUGUUUUAACAAAUGGGAGGCCUGCAGUCAAGCCUCCAAAAGAUGAAGACGAGCUCUGUGAAGGGCCAUCUCUUCCAGUGAGAAGCAGUUUUGUGCAGGAGCUCUUUCAAGCACAAUAUAGGUCUUCAUUGACAUGUCCUCAUUGCCAAAAACAGAGCAAUACCUUUGAACCAUUCCUGUGCAUCUCUUUACCCAUUCCUCCACUUCAGACCAGGCCAUUGAAUAUCACUGUGGUUUAUGAAGGAAAAUGUUCACAUUGCAUGCGAAUUGGAGUAGCUGUUCCACUGUCAGGUACAGUGGCCAAACUCCGGGAGGCAAUUUCGCAAGAAACCAAAAUCCCCACUGAUCAGAUUGUUCUAACUGAAAUUUAUUAUGAUGGAUUCCAUCGUACCUUCAGUGAUGCUGAUGCCCUGGACACUGUUCAUGAAAAUGACUGUAUUUAUGCUUUUGAGAUACCUGAUGUCUAUAUUGGUCAAAGAGGCAAGCUUACAAACAUAAAUCAAAAUAAUCUGACGUUCAGCAGUGAUCUCAGGCCCCCAGUUUACCCCCAUGGAGGAGUGAAGCAGAUCAAGUUGGAAAGAGUGUAUAACAAGGGUUCAGCGUAUGAGAAAUGGACACUACUGGUGUGUAACCAAUGCUGCACUGCACAGCAGACAAAAAGGUUUGGUCAUCCCUUUGUACUCUGUUUGGAUCGUAAAAUAACAUGGGAAGGACUGCAGAAAGAUAUUUUGGAGAAGAUGCGUCAUUUGUUUAGGCCAGGGAUGUUCACUGAGGUUGGUCCCUUUAGUUUGCGAGUCCUUGGAGGUGGCAUGGGGAAAUCUUACCUUUCUCCUCAGGAAGAGUAUCCCUUGUGCCAAUUGGCAGCAGAAAGAGCGUGGAAAUCCUGCAGACCUGGUGGACCCCAGCAUGUUAAGAUAAUUGUGGAAUGGGACAGAGACACAAAAGAAUAUUUGUUUGGUAGUGCUGAGGAUGAGUAUGUGCCAGACUCGGAAAGUGUUCGCCAGCAGCAGCAACUUCAUCACCAGCCUCAGACCUACACUUUAUCCCAGUGCUUUCAUCUCUACACCAAAGAAGAACAGCUGGCACCAGAUGAUGCCUGGCGCUGCCCACAUUGUAAGCAGCUUCAGCAGGGCAGCAUCAAGCUGAGCUUGUGGACACUUCCUGAUGUUCUUAUUAUCCACUUGAAACGCUUUAAGCAGGAAGGGGAUAAAAGGACCAAGCUACAGAACCUGGUGAAAUUUCCCCUCACAGGCCUGGACAUGACUCCUCAUGUGGUAAAACGUAGCCAGAGCAGCUGGAGCCUUCCUUCUCAUUGGUCGCCAUGGAGACGGCCCUACGGGCUUGGUAGGGAUCCCGAAGACUACCUCUAUGAUCUGUAUGCGGUGUGCAAUCAUCAUGGUACCAUGCAAGGAGGGCAUUACACAGCUUACUGCAAGAACUCUGUUGAUGGACUCUGGUACUGUUUUGAUGACAGUGACGUUCAGCAGCUUUUGGAAGAUGAUGUCUGUAAGCAGACUGCAUAUAUCCUGUUCUACCAGCGGCGAAGUGCUAUUCCCUCUUGGUCAGCAAAUAGUUCUCUAGCAGGCUCUACCAGCUCGUCUCUGUGUGAACACUGGGUAAAUCGCCUCACAGGCAGCAAGCAGCCCAGCAUCACUUCCACUGCAUCAUCACGCCGGACAUCUCUUGUCUCACUUUCUGAAUCUGUGGAAUUUACACAGGACCGCAGCGAUCAGGAUGAUGGUGGAUUUUCUACUCGGCCUUUUGUGAGGAGUGUCCAACGCCAGAGUUUGUCGUCCAGAUCUUCGUUUGCCAGUCCCUUGGUGCUCAAUGAGAACGGAAUUAAAUCUCAGAGGUCGCUAUCCAGCAAGCUGCACAUGCGGUCCAGUUCUCCAUCACCAUUCUCCUUUGAUUCUCCGACUCACAGCCCAUCUCCGACAGCAGACCUACUGGGGCGGAGAAGCCCCAACCAAGGCAACUCUCCAUUGCCAGUCCAGGCCACUACUCAUGCCGGACAGUCUGGCAGGGCACCCCUGGCAGUCAUGGAAGGCAUGGUCCGGGAGGAGGAAUUGAGAGUCACAGGAAAAGCAACUGGACAGAGCCGGCCCACUCUACCCCUUGAUAAAAAGCUGGACCAGUGUGGCAAUGAUUCGGGAGGACUGGACACUCUGAGCCCUUUGCUGGAUGCUUUAGACAAUAGGAAAGGCACACCUGGCCUCAGCAGCCCUUGCUCUCCAAGUAUUAGUGGCGCUUCUUCUGUGGAAGAGCAAAGACACAGGAAAGGUCUUGCGUCUGGAACAGCGAAUGCUGAGAGCCUGCAGAAGAAGACCACUACUUCUAGAGUGCUUCAUGAGCAGGCCAAAGGCUCUUCAUCCAGAGCUCAGUUAAUUUCUUCUUCAUCACACAAGAACCCCCAGAAGGCUUCUGUCACACGCGAAAAGACAGAAUCAAAAGUGAGAGCCCGACAUUCUUCUUCAAACUCUGUUCUUCGAAGGGACACAGCCAAAAGUCAAGAGUCAGCGUUGUCAGUGUAUCAGCAGAAAGCAAAGCUGGUCUUGCCUUCUCCACAGUCUCCUUCCCCAACACGCAAAAAGGUGCCAGGAAGGUCCAAGACUUCUGAGGGUCGUUCGAAACGCAGCCCUUCUCCGGAAAAGCGUAGGCUGACAUCAUCUUCUAAAGCUAGCAGCACAAGCAGGUUGUCACAUGCUAAAUCGGGAAGCCGUUUGGAGAACAGGAGACUGAGGAAUUCGAGCAGUAGCUCCUCCAUGACAGAAGCAAAAUCAUCCGAUACUAGCUCGAGGACCGACUUGAGAAGGGACAGCAGCAAAUCAGAUGACAAAGGACUAUCAUUCUUUCGGUCAGCAUUGCGGCAGAAAGAGAGUCGGAGGUCGGCUGACUUGGGAAAGAGCAAUAUUCUUGCUAAGAAAUCAGCAGAUGGACCCACCAAAAUGGUGACGAAAAAGGUGCCAAGUGAGGGGGCAGUUAAAGAGGGAAGACGAAUGACAACAGAACAGCCGCCAUCUGCUGCUGCCUCGGCCUUGAACCUGACCAGCAAAACGGCUCAGCGAGGGAAGCUGUCGAGCAAAGACCCCAAUCCUACGAAACGUCCACUGCUUCCGGCUGCUAAAUCCAAGUCAGCGCUGCCAGAGGUGGGGGCUCAGUCUCCGACAAGCAGGAAGAAACCUGCAGAAAAAACAUUUAAAUCCAGAAAGAUUGUCACUAGCGGCAUGCAGUCUUCUGUGCGCCAUAACAAAAAGUAAAUGUGAGAAAAAAAAGGAAAAAGGCUCCCCAAAAAUGGUAGUCUGGUUUUGUUUCUAUGACUCCUUUCUUUCUUUCUUUCUUUCUUUC